AUGGCUCACCGUUUCAAUCCUAAUGCAGCUGUGUUUGUACCAAACACUAAUGCAGCUCCAUUCGUACCUGGUGGAGCUCCACCAGCACAGCCUCCGCAAGAACCCAUGGAAGAGGUUCCAGCUUGUAAGUUUUUCGCAUAAUUAGGUUAUUUUGUGUUUAGCUUGGGAUGAUGGACCUGCAGAAGAGGUGGCGUCUCCUCCAGUAGAAGAGAAGAUGGAAACAGCACCAGAAGAACCAAAGAAGGAAUCAGUUAAAGCUGAACCUAAGGUAAGGUAGUUGAUUAUUUUUGUGUUUAACGUGGAAGACGAUCUCGAAUAUGCAAUACGAUUUUUACUAAUUUUUUUUUUGAUUUAUUUACUUGUUUUAACUAUUCGAAUUUAGCCAAAAGAGGAAAAGGUUGAACAGCCUGCUGAACCUGUCGUCUUCAAACAAAAGUAUACCGUUGGUAAGUUGUCUUUGUUUGGCUUGAUUUAGUAGAUAGUCUAUUAGAGAAUGCGUAAAAAUUUUGAAUGAAUGUUUGUACGUUUAUUUUAGACGAAAACAGAAAAGAACACGUUAAUAUUGUCUUCGUUGGUCACGUUGAUGCCGGAAAGUCGACAAUAGGUGGUCAGCUUAUGUACUUGACAGGAAUGGUAGAUAAAAGAACGUUGGAAAAGUACGAAAGAGAAGCUAAAGAGAAAGGACGUGAAAGUUGGUAAGUAUAUCAAUAAAACUUUUUUAAACUUGUAUUCGUAUUACACUGACUGGUUAUUUGUUUUCUCAUAAUUGAUUUAUUGUUUUUAGGUACUUAUCUUGGGCUUUAGACACAAAUGACGAAGAACGAGAAAAGGGUAAAACUGUUGAAGUCGGACGUGCCUACUUCACGACGGAAAAGAAACAUUUUACGAUUUUGGAUGCCCCAGGACACAAAUCUUUCGUUCCUAACAUGAUCAGUGGUGCUACUCAAGCUGAUUUGGCUGUUUUGGUAUGUUUUCGUAAUUUUUAGGUAAUAAAUUUGCUACCGCACGUUAUAUAAAAUAAUAUACUCUUUUUAAGCGGUAUUUAGGUAAUACAUAGACUUACAUUAAGUAAAACACAUUUUAUAGGUAAUCAGUGCACGUAAGGGAGAAUUCGAGACUGGUUUUGAUCGUGGAGGACAAACUUGUGAACACGCUAUGUUGGUUAAGACUGCUGGUGUGAAACAUUUGAUCAUCUUGGUUAACAAGAUGGACGAUCCAACAGUAGAGUGGGAUGAAGGCAGAUACAAGUACAUCCAAGACAAACUAACGCCAUAUCUAAAGAAAGUGGGCUUCAACCCUAAAACAGAUGUUACCUACAUUCCUUGUUCAGGUCUGAUGGGCCACUUUAUGAAAGAAAGGCCGCGAGCUGGUCUUGCUGAUUGGUACACGUAAGUUUUGUUUAUAUUUCUUUUAAAUAUAUGCAUUUGUAUUAGUAUUUUACUUAUUUUUUGGUACGUUUUUACUGUUUACAUUUCAUUUAAUUUAUUAUAAUUUCAGAGGACCAUGCUUUUUGGAGUACAUCGAUAGUUUUUUGCCUUCGAUUUCUCGAGACUACAGUGGACCUGCCAGAUGUAUUGUUGCUGAAAAGUUCUCUGUGAGUUUAAUUCUCUUUUGUCAUUUUCUGUUUUUAGGACAUGGGAACGAUUGUGAUGGGUAAAUUGGAAUCUGGAAUUAUUGCUAAGGGUCAGAAUGUGCUACUCAUGCCUAACAAGGUAAGCGUCACUUUAAAAUUACUUUAAUUUUAACUUUUGUAAAGUUUUUUCUAUUGCUUAUUAAAAUAUUUAGCUGUAAUUUUCCUUAUUUUUAGGUCGUGUGCCAAGUCAUACAAACGUGGUGUGAUGAAAGCGAAGUGGAUCAGGUUUAUGCUGGAGAUAACAUUAAGCUGAAAUUGAAAGGAGUCGAAGAAGGUGACGUGAAGCCUGGAUUUGUUGUUUGUUCGACAGAAGUUCCUUGCAAAGUCGGCAAGAUCUUUGAUGCUGAAGUCAUGAUUCUGGACUACAAAUCAUCCAUCAUUGCUACUGGCUUUGGGUGUGUACUUCACAUUCACGCUGCUGUUGAGGAAGUCACUCUUAAGGUAUGUUUAAUACUUUUUAAAGUUUAGCAAGAGCAUCAAUUUAUAUUGUAGCGCUUUGGUGAUUGAACGUUACUUUAAUAGUGAAUAAGAUGUUAUUUCCAUACAAAUGAAAUUUAAUUUUUGCAGAACGUCAUUUGCACGAUCGACAAGAAAACUGGCGAAAAGACGAGAGCCAAGUUCGUAAAACAGAACGACAAAUGUAUUCUAAGAUUCGAAAGCCAAGAAGCCUUCUGUUUAGAGAUAUUCAAGGAAUUCCCUCAGAUGGGUCGCUUCACCCUCAGAGACGAAGGAAAGACGAUUGCCAUCGGAAAGGUGGUGAAGGUGAUCGAAUAAAGACUUUGAUGGAAAAGUGGGCAGUCACGCACCACAACAUUGGCUGAGAAGUAUGCGAACAAUAUCAACGUACUUGGUUUACUUGCUAAUUUUCUUGUUUCAUGAGUGAUUGACUCCAGCGGAAGUCUGUUUCUCAUUCAUUUUGUUGUUUUACAUCCGUUUAUUUAGCUUAAAUAAACAAUUUAACUUAUUAUGGGAUAGCAUUGCUUUCCUGGUUGUGACCACUAUAUCUAAAGAUAUUUGAAAUUCGUAUUUUAUCAUGAACAUUUGUUUAGAUGUCAACAAAAGACACGGAAUCCCAGCCGAAGGCAAAGCUUCCUCCAGGUAAAGAUGCCAAAUGGUGGGACAUCUCCACCUUCUCUAAAGAAGACAACCCGAACGGAUGUCUAGUGGAGAGCUCGUUUGCCACUUUGUUCCCCAAAUACAGAGAAAAGUACAUCAGAGAGGUUUGGCCACUCAUUGAGAAGGCGAUGAGCCAAUCUGAUUUAAAAUGUGAUCUAGACUUGCUCGAAGGUACUGUAACAGUGAAGACGACCAGAAAGACCUGGGACCCUUUCAUAUUAUUCAAAGCUCGAGACAUGCUGAAGUUGAUUGCUAGAAGCGUACCAUUCGAACAGGCUUCACGAGUUCUUCAGGAUGAUAUUUCUUCAGAAUUGAUCAAGAUCUCUGGAAUGGUUAGAAACAAGGAAAGAUUUGUUAAGAGGAGGGCACGGUUGGUGGGAGAGAACGGAUCCACCUUAAAGGCCAUAGAGUUGUUGACCCAGUGUUACAUCACAAUACAAGGUAGUACGGUUGCUGCAGUCGGGCCACAUGAAGGAUUAAAGACAGUCAGAAAGUUGGUAGAAGACACGAUGAAGAACAUUCAUCCCAUCUACGAAAUAAAAGCAUUGAUGUUGAAGAGAGAGCUGAUGAAGAACGAUAAAUUGAAAAACGAAAAUUGGAGCAGAUUUAUACCACCGACAAAGACAAGAGUAAGUUUAUUCAUUAACAUUUCAGUGUAAAGUUACAUCCAUGAUGUGUUGUUAACUAUUCCAGUACAUACUUUUGACUUUUAGUCUCAAACUUCAAAGGAAACUCGUGAAGUCAAGAAGAAGAAGAACCUCAAGUGGAAACAGAAGAAGGAAUACAAUCCAUUCCCACCAGCUCAACCUCUGUCCAAGGUGGACAAGAUGCUGGAAUCUGGAGAGUAUUUUGUCAGAGAAGAGAUCAGAAAGAAGAACAAAGAAGCCGAGCGAGUUCAGCGACAAGCAGAAAAGACCAAGGAGAAGACGAGGAAGCGACAGGCAGAGUUGGUGGCUCCAGAAGAAGCACCACGAGCCAAGAGAACGAUCGUACAGAAGGCUUCAGAAGUCGACGUAGAUAAGCUUAAGAAGAAAUUGUCGAAAAAGAAAAAGGCGUAG